AUGUCUUCUUCUUCUGCCGGAGAAGUCACAACAGCGAAUGACAUCAAGAGAGAAAAUGUGAAGGAGGCGGAUGAACGGGAGUGCAUCAAGCUUGUGGCGCAGGACGCGGCGGAGUUGCCCAUGGAGCGCGCGGCUCCCAACGCCGACGCGGUGCGCACGGAGCUGCUGGUGAGCGCCGCGUCCUCGCUGGCGUUCUCCCCGGAGCAAGUGGCGUGCGUGUGCGAGGCUCUGCAGCAGGGAGGCAACGUGGACCGGCUGGCCAGGUUCCUGUGGUCGCUGCCCCAGAGUGACCUGCUGCGCGGCAACGAGAGCAUCCUGAAAGCCCAAGCCCUCGUCGCGUUCCACCAAGCUCGCUACCAGGAGCUGUACAGUAUAUUGGAGAACCACAGUUUCAGUCCGUCCAACCACACCUUCCUGCAGGAUCUGUGGUACAAAGCCCGCUACACCGAGGCGGAGAAGGCGCGGGGCAGACCCCUGGGCGCCGUGGACAAGUACCGGAUCCGGAGAAAGUACCCUCUGCCCAGGACUAUCUGGGACGGCGAGGAGACCGUGUAUUGUUUCAAGGAGAGGUCGCGGAACGCGCUGAAGGAUUUGUACAAUCAGAACCGGUACCCCUCUCCUGCCGAGAAACGGAAUCUCGCCAAGAUCACAGGACUCUCCUUGACGCAGGUCAGCAACUGGUUUAAAAACAGAAGACAGCGGGACAGAAACCCGUCCGAGGUUCAGUCCAAAAGUGAAUCUGACGGAAACCACAGCACAGAGGACGAGUCCAGUAAAGGCCAGGAGGAGCUGUCACCCCGGCCCCUCUCCAACUCCUCAGAUGGGCCCAUCACUCACGGGAUUCCCGCCGGGCCUCUGGACACUGGAGUGGUUAUCCAGCAAAUCGGGGACAUCAAGGCGCUGCCCGGGUCCGGCGGCGGCAGCCUCUACAAUGGCAGCUUAGUGGCCACUAACACCUCCUCGGGCGUGUUUCACAACGGCGGCUCCUCGUACCUUCAUUCGCCCGGGAACAUCCUUUUCAACGGGCUCAACCUGGGCAUCCAGCCCCUGGCCUUCAACUCGCUGAGGCCCACCGGGGGGGUGCUGAUGGGGGGCUCUGGGGUGGACCUGCCGAUGCCGACGGGGCAGGAGAAGGGACUGGGCGGGUCCGCGGAGGACCCCGGCCUGCAGUACGCCGCCUACGCCGGCUGUGUGAACGGAGCAGAGGUGAAGCUGGAAGGUGUUCACACUAUGGCCGCUCAAAACGGGGGCUCGUCCGUACUGACAUUCAGCUCGUCGUCAGGUCCGCUGCAGCUAGGCGGCUACGGCCUGGUCCCGGUACCGAGCGGAGUCGCCGAUGGUGACGGCGCCUCGCUGCUCGGCGGUGACGUGGGGCUGCCCCCUCUGCAGCUGUCGUCCGUCUCAUCUGCCUCAACGAUCACACAAGGUACUUUGCCUCUGAACAAUGUAGCAGCGAGCUCCUCGAGUGACGACUCGUUCGAGCAGCAGGACAAACUGACCAUGACGUCGCUGCACCACAGCACGGUCCUCUACAGCAUGAGCAACGCUGGCCAGCCGUGCAUCAAGAAGGAGCCCCUGGAAGGGGGCGUCUACGCCUCAUAUCACCACGGCCUCCACCUGGACCCCAGCGGCCAGAUGAGCUACUCCGCCCCCAGCGCCGAGGAGGUUUCCUCCAGCCAAGGCCCCGCCUCCACCACGGAGGCCGCUGCCGCCAGCUCGUCCAGCCCCGAGCCGGAGGUCUACACCACGCUCACCAUCAGCACGCCCCUGAUGGCCCACGCGGACCCCGGCAGGCACCACCUCCAGGCCGCCGAGUACCUGGCGGGCCACGACGCCCGGGGGCCGCCGUCCUCGCACAUGAUGGGCUCCGGCAUGAGCAACAGCUACAUGGGCCUGUCGGAGAGCAAGGCGGAGGGCGCGGGCGGCGUGAGCGAGAUGGUGCGCGCCAUGUGCGGGGAGAUGGAGGCCGUGGAGGGGAAGGAGCUAGCCAAACUACAGACAGUGCAGAUGGAUGAGGACAUGGCUAACCUUUAACCUCACCUCCACCCAAGCGGCGACACGGUGAACCUUUUAACUUUGUGUGUGCGUGCGUGUGUGUGUGUGUGUGUGUUUUUUUUUUACAAUUCAUUUCCUCUACAUGUUAAAUUAUUUGCGUUCAUGUGACUUUUUACAAUGCACUCCACUCACAGAGGAUGGGUUAUAUCAGUCCACCAUUAAAAAUAGAAAAUGGCGACAUUUCAAAAGGGAGCGAGCGGCCACGAGGUGAAACGCUGCGACUGUUACGCGCUAAAAGCAGACGUCGCUGCAUGCGCUGGAGCCGUGUCUAAAUGUGCAUUUUUAUAGACAACACCUGCUACUUCCUGAUGAGUGGACUUGAUCUGCGGGAGCAGGUGCUGGAAUGCCUGGAGUCAUGUGACCGGGAUGUUCCUCCAAACUAAAUGCGUCAUCUGGGUCAAACCAAAAAGGUCAUUGGGCGGCGGGGGGGUGGUGGUGGUGGGGGGGGCAGUUCGACGGCAACGGUUUCACUGCAGGACUGCACACAUGCAGAGGUACAGACAGGAAGCUGCCGAUUUGUGCUUCACGUCUCACCAAAACAAAGCGUGAGGAGAACGAGAGUCCAGACUAACGUGCCUUUCUGUUACACAACGGGCCGCUUUGGCAUUUGCACUAUUUUAAUGACAUUAUGAGGUUUCAAGCGGCCUUCGGGUUGGAGGCUUCUCAAGAAACGCUGCACACUGUUAUUCAGCGGCGAGCCCUGUUUGAUCCCCAUCAGCGACCAUCACGUGUCGACGGCGCUGCAGCUCGUAGUGCGUUGCCUAGAUGUGAUGAUGCUGCACUACGUUGUUUUAGUUUUGAUGUGUCUCUCUGAAUGUCAGUAACCAUGAAUGCUAUUUUUGGAUAAAGCAUCGACAGUGUGUAUGCUUCCGAAGCUUCUGAGGAGAAAAGAGGCAGAUGUUAGAAGUCAAGGGGACGAACCAUGUUUUUUUUUAUAGAUCCACCCAUAAAAUGGAAAAGGAUGGUUUUUGUUCCUCUUUGCAUGGCGUCAUAAUGUUUUUGACACUAGUGCCUUUCGCUUGUGUUUCGUGAAUGUCAUGGAGGGCCGGCUCGGCCGUGGCCCCGUGGUCGUGAUUUGCCACCACAGCUGCCGACAUCGCUGGCACCCGGGCGGGGGGGUGCGGGCCCCGCUCGUCGAGCUGCUGUUUCUCACCAGGAGCCCGGUUCCUCGCGGUCACACGCCAGCGUUAUAGCAGAUUUUGAGAUUUGAGCUUCGCCGCCAAGUCACGCCGUGCACAUCAGUCCGCCCCAGUUCAUACGGCUGGAACAAUAAAGAGUUCAUCCCGUCAGUGCAAGUGGACUUUAAAGGGAGAAACCUCAGUGCUUUAAUGUCAGAAACCAAACCAAGUCACGGGCAAACUGUCAUUUUUUACCUUAGUUUGAAUUAUAAGUUUGUUAUGUGAAAUUAUGUGAAUGUAUUUUUCUAAAUCUCCAUACUGCAAUAAAAGUUUAUAUUUAUAAAAACAUAA